AUGCCGAGGCGCGUGCGGACACCCAACUGCACACAUGUCGAUAUGGACCGAAUCUACGGGCGGGACCAGCAGUGCUAUGUCUGUGGGCGGGAGCCAUCGAUCGGCUUUCUAUACGAGUGCCGUCAGGACUGCAACUCCCCCUCACUCCAGGAUCUACUCUCAAGCCAAGAGAAAGAAGGAAUUGUUCGACCGAAGUCUCCCCUUCGGUCAGAGCUUGAGGACAUCGGUCUGAGUGAAAGCAUCAUACGCACCGCAGAGCAAGGCCAUUACACCCCCGCACAGCUGGACGUGCUGAAGACGCAGAAGCAAGAGUUGAAGCAGAUCAUUGAAGAUUCGGUCCAAGGGAGGCAGAUCAACGAUGUCGUUGCCAAACUGGCGGCCUUUGCGACGGCACCUUCCAACAACGAUGGCGCCAUGAACAGCAAGGGCAAGGACACAUCAGCAACCUGCGCCUUCAGAGCAUGCCAUACCUGCCGCCCGUACUACCGCGAUCGUGUCUUCAUCUCUUUCGCCGCUGUUGUUUCAGCCGACUUCCCACCCAUCUCCAGGGAGGAUGUGCAACAUCUGCCCACCAAAUCUGCGCGCGUAAUGUGCUCAAUUGGUGUAUCUCACAACUCUUCGACGACUCGAAUCGGUCACGACGAACCACCCUUCACAGCCCAAACCACCAUCACGUUCGCUACCUCCACCGAUGCACCGCACACAGCCUCUACCACAACCUCCGAAUCAAGCGAGCUCACCUUCAAAACCACUCAGACCGACGUCGACGAGCUCCGCGCUCUGCGUCGCCCCCGUAGGAGAUUCUACAACAUUGGUCACAGAUCGUCUGGCGAGAUAGCGCGUGAUCUAUCGAGGAUACCCCCUCUUCUUUCGCGUCAAGGAUUGAAGUUUGCGAUACAAGGCAUCUUCCACCAGGGCAGAGACUCGAGCUCAUCUGGAUCCAUGAUCACGCUUCCUGUCCCGCGUACAGGCACAGUCCGCGACUCUUCAGCUGCACGACCAGUUGGCGAUUUUGACAUUGGUGCCUUACGUCGAGUCAGAAGACAAAAAGAGAGGAACGAGCUCCGGAAUGGCACAUAUGUUGGAGGCUUUGAAGACGUGGGUACAACUCCACAUACGGCUAAGCAAGGCACUGCGCAUUCGCCGCACGCUAGCGAUGGAGAGGGCAGUUGCUCGUCAGAGUCGGACUUCUCGGUCUACUCCUGCAUAUCCGAGGGUAGUGAAGUGGAGGUUGAGGGUGGCGUUGCGCUUACGGAAGAGGCGGUCGAGUCCCACACACCAGACAUUCUCGCCGUCGAUGUUCCCGCAUCGAAGUCGGAGGCAGAUGUCGGACUGCAGAGUAUCAUGGCGCAAGUCUGA